AUGGCUCCCCCGGGACAUGUCUUCGCCCUGAUCGUCUUUGCCUGCCUGGUCGGGGAGGGCUACACCAACUCGCACACCUCCCAACAGCUCUUCUGCAUCUUCAACCACAACGAGGACGCCUGCCGCUACGGCAUUGGCAUCGGCGUUCUCGCCUUCCUCGCCUGCAUCUUCUUCUUCAUGGUGGACAUCUACUUCCCCCAGAUCAGCAACACCACCGACCGCAAGUACCUGGUCCUGGCGGACCUCUGCUUCUCAGGUCUCUGGACGUUCCUGUGGUUUGUUGGUUUUUGUUUCUUGACCAACCAGUGGGCCUGGACGCAGGCCGACGACAUGCGCAUCGGGGCUGACUCGGCCCGUGCCGCCAUCACCUUCAGCUUCUUCUCCAUCUUCUCCUGGGGCCUCCUGAUCGCCUUUGCUUACCAGAGAUACAAAAUGGGGGUGGAGGACUUUGCUCACAGCUACGUCGACCCCACCCCGGAGGUUCCAACUCCCUACUCCAGCUACCCCAACAUCAGCCAUGACAGCUACCAGCAGCCGCCCUUCACCCACACGGCAGAAGCCCCGGAGGGUUACCAGCCCCCGCCGGUGUACUGA